GAGGGAGGAGCGCCCGCGUGCUUCCGUUCGCGCCGGUUCCGGUUCCGGUUCCCGGCGUGAGGGGGGCUGAGGCGGCGGCGGCAGGAUGGGGCUGAGCGCGGAGGAGGCGGCGGAGCAGGAGGAUCGUUUCGAUGGCAUGCUCCUCGCCAUGGCCCAGCAGCAUCAGGGCGGCGUGCGCGAGCUUGUGAACACAUUCUUUAGUUUCCUGAGGCGUAAAACGGAUUUCUUCACCGGUGGAGAAGAUGGAGUAGCAGAGAAGCUGAUCACAGAUACCUUCAACCAUCACAACAAACUAGCUCAGAAGGAACGGAAGGAGAAAAAGGCUCGUCAAGAGGCAGAGCGGCGUGAAAAGGCAGAGAGAGCUGCCAAACUUGCUAAAGAAAAGCAAGAAGCAAAUGAGCCAAGGAUUAAGGAACUUACAGAUGAGGAAGCAGAAAGGCUGCAGCUGGAAAUCGACCAGAAGAAGGAGGCACAAGGACAGGUUAACAGUGUCCCAGUGAAACCCUCAGAGGAUGAAGGUGAAUCUUCAGAUUCUAACAAACAGGAAACAGAUGAUGAAGAGGAAGAUGAGAAGGAUAAAGGCAAACUUAAACCCAACUCUGGCAAUGGAGCUGACCUUCCAAAUUAUAGAUGGACACAGACUCUUUCAGAACUGGAUCUGGCCAUCCCUUUCAAGGUGAGCUUCAGGUUGAAGGGGAAGGACGUGGUGGUGGAUAUCCAGAGACGGCGCCUCAAAGUUGGCCUGAAGGGCCAUUCGCCUGUCAUUGAUGGAGAGCUUUUCAAUGAAGUGAAGGUGGAGGAGAGCUCCUGGCUGAUUGAAGAUGGUAAAACAGUCACCGUGCACCUGGAGAAGAUCAACAAGAUGGAAUGGUGGAACAAACUAGUCUCCACAGACCCAGAAAUCAACACCAAGAAAAUUAAUCCAGAGAACUCAAAGUUAUCAGACCUGGACAGCGAAACUCGCAGUAUGGUGGAGAAAAUGAUGUAUGAUCAGCGACAGAAAUCCAUGGGCCUGCCCACAUCCGAUGAACAGAAGAAGCAAGACAUUUUGAAAAAGUUCAUGGAACAGCAUCCAGAGAUGGACUUUUCAAAGGCUAAAUUCAACUGAGCCCUCCCCUUCUCCCCCCUCUUUCAGUCAGCCCGUCAAAUGGGGCAGGAUAUGUAUUGCCGGAUAUCCCUUACCUUGGGCAAGUAAACACUUCCAGCAUCCCCACCCGAGCUUGCUGUGGAGGCAGCUUCAUGAAGUCAUCCUCAGUUGUCCUGUGUCGAGCAGAAGGCAAGGCCACAGAAGAGGCCUGCAGCAGCUCCAGUCAGAGCCAUCUGUGACACUUCUUCCCAAAUGGCAGUUAGGAGAGAAGGAGGGGUUAGAGCAGAAAGGGUGUUAGGGCUACAAGAGCCAGACGGGAGAGGUUUUGGGACAUAUCCUUAAUGUAUUGCUUAGCUUCAUCUCCUGGCCCUUCAGAGCCGCUAAUCCACUCUUUGCAAUUUCAGUUUGGCAGCAGGUACUCCUAGGUUUUCACUCCCUUCCCCUCGGCUUUCCUACUCUCCUGUGAAAACAAGGGCCAGUUUAUUUUGUAAAAUAAUUCUCCUUCUGCCUCCUUGGGAAGGGAAAACAGUCUAAAAAAACCAGCUAUUGCAGUAGAGACAGACUGCUCCUCCUUGCCGCUGCUUCUAUUCUUGCCAGAAGUGGAACAGACAGCCCUGCAGGGCUCAAGGGAGGGCUCCCAUCACACCUCAGAGGUUGACCUGCUGUCUUACAGCAAGGGAAGGCUGGAGAGCCUGUGGUUGUGGGCAAGGGAGAGGAUGCGGAGGGUCUUUGGGGGUCCUGUGCUUGCUGGGAGUGUGUCUCCUGCCUCUUUUCCAAGAGCCUCUCUCCCUGCUGACUACUGAUAGGCAUCGCUGCGUUCUCUUCUGAGCUCCUGCUGACAAGUGGCAUUACUCUGCAUGUUCGUAUCUUUGUUAAAACUGCAGUGCAACAUAAAGAAAGUGGCACGUUUCCAGGUA